AGGCCGCUCCGCCUUUGCUUUCCGGCAGUGAGGCCGCUGCCGGUUGGCGCAGUCACUAUGGCGGCGCUGGAGCAGGCGGUGACCAUGUACGAGCAGCUCCGGGCCGAGUGGAGCCGUAAGAGCCCGAACCUGAAGCGAUGUGAGGACCUACUGGUCAAACUGAAGGUUUCUCUGCUGGAGCUAAACUUCCUGCCCACCUCAGGCACAAAGCUCACCAAGAGACAACUCAUCCUCGCCCGGGAUGUUCUGGAAAUCGGAGCCCAAUGGAGCAUCCUAAAGAAAGAGAUUCCUUCCUUUGAGCGUUACAUGGCACAGCUCAAGUGUUAUUACUUUGACUACAAGGAUGAGCUGCCCGAGUCAGCCUACAAGCACCAGCUGUUGGGGCUGAACCUGCUUUUCCUGUUGUCUCAGAACCGUGUGGCCGAGUUCCACACCGAGCUGGAGAGGUUGCCGGCGAAAGACAUCCAGACGAACGUAUACAUCAAACACCCGGUGUCUUUGGAGCAGUACCUGAUGGAGGGGAGCUACAAUAAGGUUUUCCUGGCAAAGGGGAACAUUCCCGCUGAAAGUUACACCUUCUUUAUUGACAUCCUACUGGAUACUAUUCGGGACGAGAUCGCCGGCUGCAUCGAGAAGGCGUACGAGAAUAUCUUCUUCAGCGAAGCUUCGAGGACCUUGUUUUUCAGCACCCCCAAAAAAAUGACCGACUACGCCAAAAAGCGAGGCUGGGUCUUGAGGCCCGACAACUGUUACUCCUUCACCACCCAGCAACACAAGCCUGAGGAGGCCACCAUCCCGUCCACAGAACUCGCCAAACAGGUCAUCGAGUACGCCCGGCACCUGGAAAUGAUCGUCUAGCGUGAGGGGGGGUGGGGAGAAGGGAGAGUGGGUGGGGGGUGGUGAGGGGUAUCAUAGUGAUGGGGGGCAUUAUGUAGAGGAGCCAAGGGGUGGGCAGUUACCUGUCCUUGCCCCAUAUCCCUUAAAACCCCGACCUAACAAAAUAUCCCUAUCAAAAUGCGCUCACACGUGUACCGCACACCCACUCGUGCCCACAUUUCACACCGUGGUGUGUAUUUUGGGGUGUAAACUGCGUGUAGCCUCUACCGCAGUCUCUCAGCACAGGUCGGCAUCUCACUCACCUGCCUGUCUCGGUAUCUCAGGCUUCACCGUCGAGACUGAACGGAGAAUCGGUGGUUCCUCAGCCUUACAAUGUAAUUUAAUAAACUCUUUGAAACUAAA